AUGAGGUCCGCGCGGAACCCCUUUGAGGACGUCUCGGGGCUGGAAGAGGAGGAGCCGGGGCGGCUGGGGACCCUGCCCAACGGGGCAUCCUGUGGCCGCCGCGCCACCCUGGAGAAGCUGGUGGGCCUGGCUCCCUUCCGCCUGGCCUGGACCCCGGGCCGGCGGGCGGGCGGCGGCGGCGGCGGCAGCGGCAACAACGGCCACGGGCAGCCGCGCUCCUUCCUGGGCCGCGUGCUGCCGCCCGGCAUCCGCAGGAGCUCCGCGGACUUCGGCCUCCUGGCCCGGCUGCAGGGGGCCCGCGGCCAGGGGGACGAGGAGGCGGGGGAGGCGGCCCGGAGGCUGACCUUCCUGAGGCUGGGCCGCGGGCCCAAGCCCCGGCGCGCCUCCCUGGCCGAGAGGGUGGUGCCCGCGGGCGAGGCGGCGCCGGAGCCCCCGCCCAAGGCCCGGGAGCCCCCAAAGCUGAAGGAGCCGCUGUCAGUGCUGGAGAUCCUGAGCCUGAUCCAGCAGCGCGAGCUCGCGCGGGCCGACGAGCACAUCCUGGAGCUGGAGGCCGAGGAGCUGGCGUCGUCGGGGAGCGCGCCGGGGCCGCCCCAGGCGGAGGGCGCGGGCGGCGGCCGCCGGGCGCGGGACGUGGCGCUGCUGUACGAGGCGCUGCAGCGCGAGCUGUGGGCGCUGGUGCGCGAGACGCUGGCGGGCCCCGGGCCGGGCGCGGGCGCCGGGGCGGGCGCCGUGGCGCAGCUGGGCCAGGUGCUGCUGCAGGAGGAGGCGGCGGACGGGCGCCGGGGGCCCGGGGCGGCCCGCAGGCUGCGCGCCCGCUGGGCCGAGGCGGUGGCGCGCGCGGCGCGGGAGCGCCUGGAGGCGGCGGCCCCGGGGGCGCCGGGCGGGCUGGCGGCGCAGCUGGAGGCGCUGCGGGCGCGGCUGCUGGAGGACAUGGGCGUGGUGCGGGGCCGCCUGGCGCCCGCCUACCCCGCCGGCCUGGGCGCCUUCGGGGUCUACCUGCGCGGCUACCACCGCGCGCUGGCCGAGUGGCUGGGCGCCGCCGCCCGCCGCAGGCUGCCGCUCGCCGACCGCUACGCGCUGCUGCACUGGCACCACCAGGUGUACCCCAGAGAAGUCUUGGGGCUGGUGGACAUGGUCGCCCUGGAGAACGGGGAGCUGGGGCCCCUGCUGUCGCCCGGCACCGUCCGGGGCUUGGAGGACGAGUGUGUCACGGAUGUGAAGGCCCAGACGCGGGCAGCCCUCCUCCGAGCGCUGCAGGAGGACGAGGAGCACUGGGGGAGCCCGGAGGACCUGCCCAGCACCCUGGCCCAGGACGUGUGUGAGCUGCUGGAGGAGCACACAGAGCGAGCGCCCCGCAUCAGCCAGGAGUUCGGGGAGCGGAUGGCCCACUGCUGCCUGGGGGGGCUGGCAGAGUUCCUGCAGAGCUUCCAGCAGCGCGUGGAGCGGUUCCAUGAGAGCCCCGGAGCCCGGGAGCUGCCACCCGACACCUAUAUCAGCAGGACCAUCGGCCUGGUCAACUGCGGGCCCCCCCUGAGGGCGCUGGCGGAGCGCCUGGCCCGGGUGGGGCCCCCGGAGAGCGAGCCUGCCCGGGAGGCGGCAGCCAGCGCUCUGGACCGCGUGACCCGGCUCUGCCACCGCGUGCUGGCCGACCUCCUGUUCCAGGAGCUGCAGCCAUACUUCUGCAAGCUGAUGCGCAGGAAGUGGCUGAGCAGCACGGAGGCCCUGGACGGCAUCGUGGCCACGCUGGGCGCGCAGGCCCUGGCCCUGCGCAGGAUGCAGGACGAGCCUUACCAGGAGCUGGUGGCCGAGCUGCACCGGCGCGCGCUGGUGGAGUACGUGCGGCCGCUGUUCCGCGGGCGCCUGCGCUGCGGCUCCCGCACCCGCAGCCGCGUGGCCGGGAGGCUCCGCGAGGACGCGGCGCAGCUGCAGCGGCUGUUCCGGCGGCUGGAGUCGCAGGCCUCGUGGCUGGACGCCGUGGUGCCGCACCUGGCGGAGGUGCUGCAGCUGGAGGACACGCCCAGCAUCCAGGUGGAGGUGGGGGUGCUGGUGCGGGACUACCCGGACAUCAGGCGGAAGCACGUGGCCGCCCUCCUGGACAUCCGCGGCCUGCGCAGCACAGCCGCCCGCCAGGAGAUCCUGGCCGUGGCCCGGGACCUGGAGCUGUCCGAGGGGGAGGCCCUGGCCCCGCCCCGCGACCGCGCCUUCUUCGCCGACAUCCCCGUGCCCCGCCCGCCCUUCUGCCUCGGCCUCCCCCUCCUGGGCCGCUUCCCCUUCCUGGGGCUGCCUAGGCCCCGGCUGGCCUGUGUGCCCCGGCUGCGGCCCCCGCCUCCGUCUCGGACCCGGGCCCGGGCUCAGCGCUGA